AUGAAGCCCACCGUGAUAGCACUUCUUCAAUUGGUGUUUGCACACUCUGCAAGCGCUCUACUGAGUACAAAUAUUACCAGAACUCAGGGCAAAGACAAAUUUACAAAUCCAAAUCGGACGACCGUGAAGGCCUGUCUUGCGAGCGGAAUGUCAUCCUCGUUCCCCGAUUCUUGCGUGAAGUUUGAUUCAGUAAACACUCAGGCAGAAUGCUGGAAUUCUCGAGACUGCUGUAAAUCUUGCCAAUGUAAAGAAGGUUAUCCGACUUAUCUAGCUCAUUUGGGCAAGUGUGUAAGUCUAUCGGAGCUCAACUCGGAUGUUUUUGGGCACGGGUCAAUAGGUACGUCACUCAUUCUUCUCCAUACAAUUAUCUUUCUAAACAGUCUAAUAUUGCAAGUUUGUCUACGUUUAACUUUUUCAAUUUUAAAAUAGUUCCAAAUCAAAAUUCAAACAAGAGAAUUCUAAAUUUCAUUUGCCUAUAUAAAGUGCUGAAAAAUGAAUAUAAUCAUAUCUCAGUACCAACGGAGAUUGUUCAAAUGAAUGGUCACACCAUAGGAUCUCGUUUACAGAGCGUUAAUAAGUUAUCUAUGAGUUAAUUAUGAAUAGUAGUUUUAACGUUUGCCUGUUUAGCCUUAUGUCGUAUCACAGGCAGCCCAAGCUCGAAAUAUGAACAUAGGCGAACAUAGGCAUUGUUGCGUAACAUUCGAAAUAUAUUCGGGAAAAACCUAUCGUUUCUGUAACCUACGAAAAAGAAAGGAUUUCAAUAAAAACAGCUUACCUUACUUAAAAUGUGUCUUACGUCUCUCCUUUGUGGUCCACGGGCCGAGAGAGAGAAAACGGUUUACAUAAAAACCCAUAAAACGGCCAUAAACCGGCCCGUGGACCACAAAGGAGAGACGUAACACACAUUUUUUCACUUUCGUUGGUUACAGAAGCGAUAGGUUUUUCCCCAUACAAAUCCUUGUAUUUCGAAUGUUACGCAACAAUGCCGACGCUCACCGAUGCUCAUAUUUCGGCUUGGGCUACCCGUGCAGUUUCCGGCCCUAUAGCAACAGCGAAAAGUUAAAUUUCAACUUUUAUUAACCUUUUCAAUAAAUGAAAUUUGAGCAGCAGGACCCUGCCCCCACCCCAGUCCUCCAAGGCCCCUACCCACUUCUCCGGUCCCAAGGAGAGUGAUUUUAAAAUUCAUCAGCUAGGGAGGGGUGGGGAAUUUUAGAGCUGCAUAAGAAUUUUUUCGUUAACAUUUUCUUUGCAUGAUUUUUUUAGGGCAGUGCAAGAAUAUAUUUUAGGGCUUCUUGGCUUGCGAAUUUUUUUUUUUCAUAAGAUUUUUUUCUUGCACGAAUUAUAUAUAGAUAUUUUUUACUUCGCCCCCACACCUCCCCUCCCUCCUAAUAACUUUUCUAAUGCUCAGCCCCUAAUUUAGAGGGAAUGUCAAGAGUCAUGGUUACAUCUUGCCGCUUGUUAAGACUGGUUCAAGCAAUGCUUUAUCAAUAGAUGUCUUUUCAAUCAUAUUAAUAUUUUCAAUUUACAUUUUAUACUUUUGUAUACGCUCCUAAUUGCAAUAAGGCUGUCAUAGAAAAAAUGAAUAAAGGGAGUAGCAAAAAAGCUCAAUACAUGCUCACUACAAUCGAAGUCCUGGUCUGACAAAAGGAUGAACUCAAAUUGUCUUUACCUUCUCUCUACUCAACUGACGUCACAUUGAAGUAUUAUACCAUACUACAAAUAUGUCUUCAGCAUUAUCAAAAUAUCAAAGGUCAAUUUGCAUGGAUAAUUAAUUCUUAUUUGGCUUUUCUGUUUUUUUUCGUGUCUGCAAUUAGGUGUAUAUUACUGUAUUAGACUUGCUAAAAGUCCUUUGUUUCGUUUUCCCUGAUUGGUUAUGCUUACGCGAUUGUUGUUUUAACUCACACGUAUGAUUGUGCGUGCUAUUUUUCAAUAAACAAAUAAUCAUAAUAAUUAUAAUAAUAAUACAGAUAAAAAUCAUUGUCAUUGUAAUUGCAAAAACAAUUAGAGACGCAUAUGCAUACAAGAAUGAGUUCUGCCCUUGGGAAUUGUACAUGUUGACAAUAAAUUGUGUGAUAAACUUGUUUUGCUGGCUGGAGUGCUAAGGUUCGAUUCGUUCUGCAUUUAGCAGUUUUUUGAGACGCUUGUGUAAAGAAGAAAAGUUGUCUUAAAGGCAAACAGUUUUCCAGUCUGUAAAGGCGUCUUAAGCAGGAAUUGCGCAAAAUGUUUAUCCGGCUAGAAGGGUUGAAAUGGUGUGACGACCGCUUCAGUCGGCUGGCCGCUCGUGUUCUGACGUUCUGAGAGGAAUAAGUGCACUUCAAGAACUAAGAUUUUUGCAGGAAAAAUGGUAAGAUAUAGAAAACGAUAGUGACUUUAAUUGGUUAAACAGAGUGAGUGGAAAGCAGUGGAAUUGUGAAUUUAGGAGUAGCUUCGGAAUACAACAGCAUACAAACCAGUUCACUCUAUACCACGUGUUUAGAGGCAUAACAUAAUAUACUGUUUUUCAACACUUUUAUCAUAAAUCACAUGCAAAUAGUAAUAGAGCAGUCGGUUAACAAUAAUCCUAGGCGUGACCAAUCGGGAGAAAGCCUUAGAAAAUGUUUCAAAAUGACGACAUGGAACUAAACAUAUCGUAACUAGAAUUUUGCACGCAUUAUAGUGGCUCGAUAGGGUUUUCCAUGUUCAAUAUCUCCCAAGUUUGAGCAUAAACUACGUCGUCAUUAACAAAGCUUUGGAAAAAGUGCUACCACAGCCGUAUUAGGUAAAGAUGAAAUUUGCGAUGAUCAGGGUUACAAUGACAUUAGAGUUGCCAUAGCAACAAAAUGACGCCAUCGCCCAUUUUACUUGCAGCCGUAUUUCUCGUAAACGACCUCUAAAUAUUAUUAUUUUGAGUGGUUGCUUACGGAAGGUUCGACUCUACAUUGCUUUACUCGUGCAAUUAAAGCUUGGUGUUUUUAUUGUUGUUUAGGGUGUGAAUCCCAUUUGGAGGUAAAAACGAAAGGUAGUGGUGGUGGUGGUGGUGACGGUGACGACGAUGAUGCUGAUGAAGAUGACGGUAGUAAACAAAAAGACGUUUGUAAAGUGCCCGCGUCCACCUGGAGCCCACCUGUACUUGAUUUAUUGCAGACUCCAUCACCAAAAGAUCCCAAGAUUAAAUUUUGCAAACAUAAAGAUGUGGAGUCGUGUGAUUUAGAACAAGCGCGCUACUCUGGAUUUAGCCAAUGGCAUAAUGUUACCAACUUAUCUCAUACUUUUUGGGGAGCGAAGGACAAGAAGGAUAUCCUGUUCAGGGUAAGAUGCCACGAAGCAGAUCUUGCUAAUUCUGCUAUAUAUGACCUUUAAUUAAACAAACAAACAAACAUGUUGUCUUACAGAAUUUGCAUCAAAAAGAUAGUGUGGUUCACAACGAAGCUAGGGACGAGUUUUUGUUCCAAUCAACAUGACGUGUUCUAACUUCUCCAAUGCGCAUGCGUACGGGAAUUGACACCCUUCUUGCCUUACCUUUCUUAUACCCCCACCCCCUCAAUCUUCUAAACUAGGGAUACUCAGUCUUUCAUCUAAGACAGGCCUGAGGGUGAAUAGAAUGCGGCAUCACUAAAUAUCCAUUUUAUUUAAAAAGACCUUAGGAAUAAAAUGUAACUUAUGAGAAUCUUACAAGAAAAAAGAAUAUUGCAUUAGUCUUAUUUUAUUUAUAUAUUUAGUCAGAGAAAACAGCCGACACUUCGCGACGCCACUAUAGAUUUCACCGCCAUGAAAAGUCUGAGAAACGAGAGCAAAAAUUCUGUUGGGUAGUACAUAUGCUUGGUCGAAGCAAAUUUGCCCCGCGGCACGACCAAUCAGAAACACUACCCAGAUCUGGUUUGUGACAUGUCAUCAGUAUGGAAUUUAUGUGUUUGUUCUACAGACGUCGGCGCGGGGAAACUGGUGAAAAGUCGCCGGCUGUUUUCUCAGGCUAUUGUAUACUAAGAGGAAUUUUCUUUUACUUUAAAGUGGAGUACUGCAGCAUCGUCAAAUUUAAGUGGAAGCAUCUUCGUUAUCAACCUAAAAUGUAAACAGAAGAAGAAAGGAAAGCCCGUGACGAAUUUUUCAGCAUGCUUCAUAUUCAAGUCUGACGGAACUCAAAUAGGUAAAAUUUCGAGGCUUUCCUUCAAACCCCCUCAUACGGUAUAGUACGGGACGUUUCUCUCUUUCAGUUCUCUGAGAUGAUAGCGAAAUUAGGUAACACCUUUACGACAAACGUCAGAUUCAAGUUGCAAUUUCUCAAAAUAGGAAUGGACUGGCUAAAAACUGUUUAAAAUUCUUAUGGAUGAAACCGACCAUUUGUGUAGAUAUACUUUACAGUUAAGGACACUUGCAUGGUCACGUGGUAGAAAUUGACUCUUGCCUUUUGUCGUAAAAUGUGAUCAUAAAUCUUUCUAUACUAACUGAUCCGACAUAGGUAAUAAACAACAUGAAAGAACUGAUCUAAAUUCGAACAAUCAUGCACAAAGCCUUUUGGCUUGAAAUAUUUUCACAUCUGAGUAAAUGUGCACUCAUCUAAUUCUAUUAAACCUAGUCCGUGAGAUUGGGUUCGAUCGCUGAGUGUCGAUUGCUUACGCUGAAUGAUUCAGGAAAGUGGUAUUAGAUAAAUGAAUACUUUCAAGUCUUAUAAAAGACCGGUUGAAUCCGAUUCUUCGAAUAUUACAAAUCCAUAUCAUUAAGGUCUGGUAUACGAAUCGACAAAACUGAAAGCUUCCGGAUCCAUUCAAUCAAGUCUCAAGUUGUAUCAGAUAUCCUUCUAAUGAAAGUUAUCCUUACCUAAGGUUUCGUAUAACUUUUUAUUAUAUAGACAAGAGCGUUUUAGUGGAAAAUAGACCGCUCGUUAAGUUUAUGCGAAAUUACAACCCGGACUUGAGAAGCGUAUUUUUUUAUAUCCCCCCUCACUCGUGAGGAUAUCGAUGACGUCAUUCCCCGCGCAGGAGAAUGUUAAUACGGAGAAGAAAACUGUAUGAUUUAAAAUUAUUCAAGGAAUUCCUUGCAAGUGAAGGAGGAAGGAGAGGACUUCAGGAAAUUCCUGCCGCUGAUCAAAAUCAGCUACAGUUUGUGCUGGGAGGAGAAUUAUGGAGAAUACGAAGGGUUUUCUCGAAGAGGUUUUUGCAGAGUGUCGACCGGUUCCUUCGGUAGAACGGAUGCACGUUUUCCCUUCUAAACGACAAAGAAUUCUGUGCGCUCCAAGAUAUCUUUAAAAAAAAGCAAAAAACGACUUAAAAAGCGAUUGGGAAGGGCAACAAGUCAAAUAGCGCCGAUAAGCUUGAAGAUAAAGAUGGGCUCUCCAGUCUUUAUUACAGGGUGGCUUGAAGACAUGAAUUCUAUUUUCUGACUCGAAAUUAAAAUUCAUAUCGUCGCGCCGCCGUGUAUUAAGUAUCCUCUAUAUAAAAAGACUUCUACUUUUUGAGAAGUCUCCGGUUUUUGUUUCUUGUUUUACUCAUUUAUGCCAAACAUUUUUUGUUUAAGUCACUCCACCACCUCAGUCAACAACCCCAGCGGCGACAACAACGAUUAAAAUGACAACAUUAAAGCCAAAAACAACAGUAAAAACGACAACAAUGGCGGCGACUACAAAAUCAAAGACAACAGCGAUGCCUCCGACUUUAAAAUCAACUGAGAUGCCAACAACAAAACCAAGCACAACCCAAAAAGCGCGGGAAACAACUUCAUUGCCAGUGACGCAAUCAACUACUGACGUCACGCUAACUAAGCCAAUAGAAACCAGUGAACACACGGAGCCAACGGAGCCUGCAGAACCGACUGAACCGGCGGCGCCAACUGAGCCUAUGGAGCCCGGGGAUACAAGAAGGCGGUCAUUAGAGAACUCAAGUGACGAUAGCGGUGGAGGAACAAUUGCCAUUGUCGUUUCUGUUCUCUCGGCACUUUUUGCGGUCACCGUGGUAUCUGUUAUCAUAGUAUGUUACUUGAAGAAAAGAAACCAAGGGUAAGUCAGCUAUUGCUUUCUGGGCAAGCAUUGAAUGUAGGCAGGCUAGUCUUAAUGGGUGAUUGUUUAAUCUUGGAGAGCGACUGUGAGAGGGAGCCACUCGAAGAUAAGCCAAGAUUUAAGGGCAUUUACUUCGGGUAAUGGACGCAGAUUACGUAAAAUAAAAGAACAAAAACCAUGAACCAAUAUCAAGCUGAUUUUUCCCUGAACAGAACACAAAGAUUAGAAGUCUUUUGUUUUGCGUCAUCUGUGUCCGGCACACGAAAUCUUGACCAAUUUAGGUUAAAAAGAAAAAAGAAACAUGUAGUAUAUAAAGUUUGCUGUAAUCUUCCGCGUUGAUACAAGUGAAAUAUUGUUUUAUCCGUACAUAAAAGUGUACUGUUGUUGACGCAUACCUUAGAAUUAAACUUCACACUUCUUUUUUUCUCUCACCAGCAAAAAGGCAUUCUCCUCCAAUCAAUUCUCCAUUCAAUGUAAGUGAAGCUUAUGCCUGAAUUUAUUUCUUGCCCUGUUAAAGGAGCAAAACCAGUUUUCUUGGACGAUGCAAUGGACUAUCGUAUUUUGAGCGCUUAUCUAUCCUUUUUUGACAAAUGCUUGUUUGAAUGGGAUUAGAAUGUUUUUAAUCCUUAUAAAAUAUCUUGUAAUUAACGUUCACGGAGUUACAUGAUGGUGUUCUAAGCAUUAUCAUUAACUGUGUCCCAUAGAACAAAGUUUUAUAGAGCUAUAUAGAGUUUAAAAAGACUUUCAAAAUAUUUAGGUAUUGUUGAGUUAUCUGGCUUUUCGAAUAAUGUCGAAGUAUUUAGCGACACUUUUCACUAAUUUUCAGUCAAGAAACAAAGCACUCAUCACUCAGCAACAAGUCAAGAAGAACACAUCAAUCAGGACCAAAACGAUUACCAGCCGCUAGGGAAUGCUGGGAAACAAACAGAUGGUACUAAAUGGGAGCCACCUUCGUACCAGGGUCUCACAAAGAAGACCGAGGGAGCUUGGGGCGAGGGAGAAGUGUACAUGAACCCUGCAAUGUACCAGGAACUGACAAAGAAAGAAGCAACGUCCAAUGAAAAUAUUCCAGCUUACCAUCCGCUUAUGAAACCAUCUAAGGUACGUAAGUUGUAAUUAACACACCCCAACUUCAGCACUUUAGUCUUAUAUUCUGACCAACCACCUAAACUUGUUCCUAGGGCUUUUCAUUUAAGACUUGCAUAGGCCCCUUGCGAAUUUUUUCUAGCCUCUUUUUCAAAACGAGGCUAAGUAUGAAGACUUAAUCUCGAAACCUGAUCUCACUCUCUUGCUCUUGGACGUGGGAGAUCUGGGUAAAAAAUAGUUGUUUUAUUCUCAUGCAUAUAAAAUUUAUUUUUACAUGAAUGGCUUGCUCUUUGGCCUCGUUUUGAAAAUGAGAGUUUUUGGAACUAGAAAAUGGUCUAUAGAGUACCGAAGUGAUGACGUCAUAAAAAUUAAAUUUGUGAAAUUAUGGGAUUUGUUAAGAUAUUCUGAAAGAACAUCGUCCAAGACGCCUACUCGCCAAAAAUUAGCAAUUCGGGGCAAAUUGUCUCUGAGAUAUUAGCCCAGUUAUGCUGUGACGAUCCCAUACAAAUCCUUCUAAAUUUGGCUUGGUUCAUAAGAUUAGGAACCAGGUAAGAUUUAGAAGGAUUUGUAUGGAGUCAUCGGAGCAUAACUGGGCUAAUAUCUCAGAGACAAUUUGCCCCAAAUUGCUAAUUUUUGGCGAGUAGGCGUCUUGGACGUUGUUCUUUCAGAAUAGCUUAACAAAUCCCAUAAUUUCACAAAUUUCAUUUUCUAUGACGUCACACUUCGGUACUCUGUUAUGCUUACUAAAUGCUUUACAGGUUACUGUCAUCGACAGGCGCCUAAAAACUAAAUUUUAUCGUGACCCGAGGUUCACACGACACCCUAACCUGAAGUGAAAAUGUCUAGGGGUGGGGUAGGGGGCAGGGGUGUGGGCGUGCUUUUUACGCUGGUUUUUAACUCGAGCAAUCAGUUAAAUUUUGUGGCCUGUGCCCUUUUCUCGAAAGACCAGCUUAUUUACCGUCGCAAAAAGGAAUUUUUGUUUGGAUUCAAGACAGAAGCUUAGAUAAACCUAUCCAUUAACAAAACAAAUGGACUGAUUUGGUAGCUAGGGCCACAAGUUUACCAGUUUCUGUAACUAUUCCGUGCUACCCUCUUUAAAUAAAGUGUAUUAUAAUAAUAAUAAUAAUAAUAAUAAUUAUUAUUAUUAUUAUUAUUAUUAUUAUUAUUAUUGUUACUAUUAUUAUUAUUAUUAUUAUUAUUAGGACCCACCCUUUUAUCCUUAAGAUUUUUAUUUGAAUAGUUAUUUUCUGGCCCGAAAAGGUACCGAGAAAAGCGCCCCCGAACUUCGACUGAGUCAGUGCGAUUAUGAAACGCGAGGCAAGGUAGUGUUCAAUGAUUAAUAUUUCAAAAUGUAAGGAAAAGGCAAAUCUAUUUGAAUUUUACUUUUUUUACUACGAAGUCAGCGGACGUUUCUGCAUAUGAUUAUGGAUACAUGUCAACCAAUGGAAAGGAUGGCUUGGUGGCGACAGAAACCACUAACAAAGAGAAUCCAUAUUAUUUCAAACUCGAACAGCCUGGCCAGAUUGAAGAAGCCGCUGGCAAGGAGAGUCCAUAUUAUUUUAAACUUGAACAGCCUGAAAAGCCAAAAUAA